AUGGCUCCUUCACAUGUCCCAGCCUCUUCAGUUGCUAAUGGAAGGUGGGAAAUAGUUGGGGCUGCUGCUUCGACUGCCGAGGACUGCAGACGUCGCAGUCUAAGCGACAUGACGCGCAUAGCGCCACUAGUGAUCCGGCUACUAGCCGUAUCACUGGUGGCGCUGGUCGUUGCUGAUCCACCCACCGGCAACGACAAAAGCGCAGGCACUGCAGUGGCAGCACAGGAACAAGCACAGGACCGCAAGAGCCCCGUGCGAACUACUAGGCCACCACGUAAUAAAGGAAGAGGAAAGAAUCGGACCACUACAACUACGACGACUGUGGAUCCAGACGAUGACUACACCACGCCUACAACUACAACUACAGUCAACCCACGGCUGUUUGACCAUAACAGACGCGCAGGCAUUGCAGUGGCAGCACAGGCACAAACACAGGACCGCAAGAGCCCCGUGCGAACUACUAGACCACCACGUAAUAAAGGAAGAGGAAGGAAUCGGACCACUACAACUACGUCGACUGUGGAUCCAGAAGACGACUACACCACGCCUACAACUACAACUACAGUCGACCCACGGUUGUUUGAUCAUAUCGACACUGGUAGUUGUGAGGUACCACUGGGUAUGGAAAAUGGAAAGAUUUUGGACGACUCCCUUACGGCUAGUUCUAGCUACGACCAGAAUGUUUCACCGUUAUGCUCUCGGAUUCGACAUGAGUUACGCGGCGGAGCCUGGUGCCCCAAUGGGCUGAUAACACCAAACAGCAGGCAAUACCUACAGAUAGACUUACUUGACGAAUACUUAAUUACUGCCACAGAGACCCAAGGCAGAUUCGCUAAUAAAAUUGGUGCUGAAUUUGUUAAGUUCUAUAUGGUCGAAUAUUGGCGUGAUGCUCUCAACCGUUGGGUCCAAUACAAAGACUUAAAUGAUAGUAAUUUGAUCCCGGGAAAUACGGACACAUAUACCGCAACGAAGACAGUGUUGGAAGCACCAUUCAUAGCGUCGAAGGUUCGCUUCGUGCCAUACACUGAUCAUCCCAGGACUGCAUGCAUGCGAGUAGAACUCUACGGAUGUCGAUGGAAACAGGCUAUUGUGGCAUAUGCUGCCCCCAAAGGUGGACAAAUGCGAUCAAUGACAGGCGGAGCACGUUUUGAAGACUUGUCAUACGAUGGAGUCUUACGAGGCACUGAUCUUGUCGAUGGACUCGGUCAAAUCACCGAUUCCUUUACUGGUCCAUCUGACUUUGAACUACUCGAUGAAUCAGAUACUCAAGGAUCACGCUGGGUUGGAUGGAAUAAGACAAUGUUAGCCGGUUCUUCAGUAAACAUAACAUUUAAUUUCACUGAUACAAGACUUUUCUACGAUAUUGGUAUACAUACUAAUAAUAUGUUCACUAAAGACGUGCAGCUCUUCAAAGAAGCCGAAGUAUAUUUUUCCUUGGAAGGUGAGCGCUGGCAAAAAGACUACAUAUCGUAUGAACCUAAACAAGAUAAAGUAUCUGAGCGUGCUCGAACAAUUUAUAUUGAUCUAGAGAACCGAACUGCUAAGUACAUAAAGAUAAAACUAUAUUUCCAUCAUAAGUGGAUCUUAAUCAGCGAAGUAACAUUCAAAUCGGUGUCAACAGUCGUGAAUCAAUCGACGGAAUUCCUAGACGAGUACUAUAAUACUAUACGGCCUAAAAAGAAAUCACACUUCUCCAUCGAAGUGAUCAUAGGGUUGGCUUGCGGUGCUGUUGUUGUAGGCGGGGCUGUUAUUGCGGCAACAGCAAUACUUGCCACGAAGCGUGCAAGACGUCGCAUACCACAGCUACUGGAGAAACCAUUUUUUCCAUCAUUGAGAAGCAAUUCGAGAAAUAACAGGCGAGCGCCUCGACUUGCUUUAUCUUUAGGAAACGGUCCACCGAUGAUCAGCCCUGCGGUUGUCGACGACGGUAGUCACCGGGAGCCCUACAACAUCUGGCGAGAAACCUUAAACCGACAGAAGAGAGAAAACAUUGAACAAAACGAGUAUAACGAAAUAUGCGAGGAUCCGACAUUCCCGCGUCCUUAUAUGAUGAAACGACCCGACCCUCACGAGAGCUUCUACGCAGCUACGGACAUUACCCAGCACAACCGUGCUCGUCAUCACCGGCGCACCUGUCCACCCGCACACAACGAGCCCAACUCGGUAUUAAGAUGUGGGACAUUUUCACAAACCUACCAAACUCACCGUGAUGCAGGAUUUACCGAAUCCGACAAAAACUUUCAGACGUAUCCGGAUGAGCGAUCGCACCGACGAGAAUAUGCCGCCCCUGGGAUGUUCACCUCCAUAAAACUACCUGAAGCCGAUCCCCCAAACGGAGUGGCGCCCCUGCUCGACUUCCCGCGGGGGCGCAUGCGACCAGUCACUUUUUUAGGCCAGGGAGCCCACGGCACUGUACAAAUUUGCGAGACGAAUGGCAUCGAGGAGCUGUUCGACGAAGGAGAAUUGACGGGCGGAGAGAGCCGCCGCCGCCGACUCGUGGUCGUGAAAACCUUAUGGAAAGGCUGCCCUAACGAUAUCAAGGCGGCGUUUGUCCGCGAAGCUACUUGGGGAGCUGGGCUGAAACACCCGCAACUAGCGCGUGUACUCGGCCUGAGCCUCCUCGAGCCACCGUGCGCGGCACUCGACCGCGGAGAUUCUCUCCCCCUACCGAGUAUUCUGAGGAUGGAACAGAGAUUCAAUUAUUCGAGUAUGAUUCACAUAUGCUGCCAAAUUGCCAACGGCAUGAAGUAUCUGGAAUCAUUCGAGUUAAUACACCGGGAUCUCGCGGCAAGAAACGUCACAGUCACCAAAGACCUGCACGUUAAGAUAUCCGACUACGCAAUGCUCUGUGAAGAAUACAUAUCCGACUACAGCAUCUCGGCUGACGGUUCCAGGGUGGCAAUACGAUGGAUGUCCUGGGAGAACUUGCUUUUGGGUAUGUGCUCUACAUCAAGCGACGUUUGGUCUUUUGGCGUCACCGUGUGGGAGAUACUGACUCUCUGCAGGGCCAGGCCAUUUGAUGAAAUGAAUGAUGAUCAGGUUGUUAUGAAUGCAACGCAAUGGCGUAAGGGGGUUAGUGAGGCCCGUGUCCCCACUGCGCCUCCACCGCGAUGCCGUCGAGAACUUUACGACAUCAUGCACGAAUGUUGGAGGCGAGAACCUGCCAUGCGACCCAGAUUUCAUGACUUGCACCGAUUUCUUUCACGUAUGUCCAAAGGCUCACAACAUCCUCUUCCGCGCUAAGUGCGCAUUAUGUUGACCCUUAUUCCAAAUUUUUAUGUUACACAUUUUUUU